GGGAACGCUAGUUCAGAUGAACAGCGCUCGCUGACCGGACAAGUCGCUGGAACAUCUGUCAGUUUAUGUUUUGUGCUUAACUGUCGCUCGAGUAAAUCGUGCGUUCGUUUUCACAUAAAUCCAUAAGAGAACGAAUUUGCUUACCAGAAUAGUACCUGUCAUCGUGCGCCGUCUCUACUACUCCUCAACCAGUUGUUUUUCAGUGAUUUUGCCAGAGAGCUGAUGAUGCACAACUGCCGCCCCGCCCGCCACUGCGAGUGAACCUGUCGCGCGCAACUCAGGUACUUGGUUACAACAUAGUCGCCGCCUGCGGUGCCAGCCCACACCAGUAGCCGGCGAGCCGCGUGCCGGAGCCCGCCCGCCGCCCCCGGCAGCCAGAAGCUCGCGGCCUCCGCCCCCGGGCAGCAGCAGCAGCAGCAGGCCAGCAUGUCCCGCCAGCAGACGGAGCGCUCCAUCCCGCACCUGCGCGACAUCUUCGGCUUCCACGGCUGGGAGCCGCAGCCGCAGCAGCCCGACCCGGCGGCCGCAGUCGCGCAGAAGCUGCAGGAGAUGCGCGUCGACGCCAGCAACGACAGCGCCGUGUCCGUGGGCUCCACCAGCGAGGACGACUCCCCGCAGAAGGGCGGCGGCGGCGGGGGCGGCGGCGGCGGCGGCAGCGGCAAGAAGAAGAAGCAGCGCAACAGCCGGCGCGACAACGCGCGCACCCUCACCGAGCGCGACGUCAAGCACCUGGAGCGCCACCUCUCCAUGAAGAAGACCAUCCGCAAGAAGAUCAUGCGCGACCUGCAGCAGGCUUUCGUAGAGGACCCGAACGAGUUCCGCGUGGAGGACAUCUCGCCCGAACAGCUGAAGGCCGAGAUCAACAUCCAGAGCUUGAGCUUCGGCGCCCCGCAGAAGCGGCCCGGGAAGAAGGCCGCCGCAGAGCCCAACUUCCUGGACAUGCUGCGCGCCGGCAGCGCCCCUGGUGGCCGCGUCGUCAACGACGACGAGGACUCCGGCCACGGCUCGCCGACGCGCGAGUCACCUGGCGGCCGGCUGGCGGACUGCGGCUACGCGGAUGACGACGACGAUGACGUCGGCGAGGGCUACGAGCCGGAGCCCGAGCCUGAGGCGGCGAAGAAGACGAGCUUCUGGCGGCGGUUCACCAUGAAGGGCCGCAACAAGCGGUGAGCGGCGAGCGGCCGCCCCUCGCCCCCGCUGGAGUCCUUCCCGCGCACGGUCUCGAAGCACGGGCCUGGAUGUCAGAGUACUCGUGCCUCCAUCCCAGACUUCCCCAGAUGCCGUCCAGGAGGCGCGUAGUUUUAAAAAUGAAACUCAUUUUUUAGAAUAUUUGUUUCAUUUUAUUGCAUCCCCUUCAAAACCAAUUUUAACAAACAAAAAUUCCAUUGGUAGUUCAUAAAUAUCACAUUUAACAGUAACACCCAUUCCAACUGAACCCAGGGCCAGCGAUAUUAGACCUACAAUGAACUCAAUUUGUACUAGUAAUGCACACAUUCCUGAAGGUGCGAGGAAAAAACUGAAUUACCAAAUUUUGACAGGUUUUCCUCUGGAUAUCCAUCACUUGCUUCUUGUAAAAAUUUGGGAACUAGAGACUAGAAAUAAUUUUCCAUUAUUUUGUUGAGCACUGUAUCGAACCAGAUUCGUUUAAUGUCAUAUGCCUCUUCAUGGACGACAGAGUACAGGUAAUGAAUUACCUCACCUGAUGACUCACGAUUUGGCGCUGAAAAGAGAGUCUUUCAUAGCAGCUCCUGUUUCUCUGCAGGUGGAGGACGAUUCAUGCGUAACAGUCAAAGGUUUGUGAACAAAAGUUCUGAAAAUUGUGGCAUUGCAUGGUCUGCCUGAGUUCAAACAAAUCUUGUUUUGGGACUAUGUUUUAUACAUCUUAUAGUAGUGUAUACUUCUGAACUACCUGCUCAAAGUUGGUGAUUCCACACUGAUGGUGCUGGAAUCAAAUAUAAGGAAUUCUCCCUGUUCCUCCAGUCACAGCAUUCCCCCCCCCCCCCUCCCCCCCAUCAAAUACCAAAUAAUUUCAUUUUGGCAUCAUUGAUGACUAAGGUAUUUGGGGUCUUGACAGCCCAUCCCCACCUCUUACAAAAAAUACCCAGUCUUACCCCGUUCUCCUAAAUAAACAUAUCUAAAUGCUGUUUAACUGUAUAACACAACAAUUAUAAUGCAUUAAAAGACCAAGAAUGAACACACAGGGUCUGAGCUGGAGAGGGAUGGAGAAGGGAAAGGGGAGAGGGGUGGAAGGCAGCUCAUGUUAGUUUUCUGAUGCACAAAAUAUAUUUGCUACCAGUAAAUAUCCAUUACAUGUUCUUUCUUUCUUAAUUCGACCUGUACUGGGCUGAUACACCUGUGUGUUUGUUUGGGCAAGGUACACGUUCGAUUGAUGAAAAUCCCUUUCUGGGAGUGUAGCUGCCCUCCCUUCCCCAAAGUUCCUAUAGUAACAAUUUUUUAGAUCUACUUAUACAAAAAGAGGAGCAGGAGGACAAUAAAAAGUUAAUAACCUGUCAGAAUUAAGAAGGGAGGUAAUAGGAGGAAAUGUCCAUAUGCCACCUCACCUUACAUGUAGGUCAUUAUCUAAUUUCUCAUAGCUGUUCACAAGGGAUACAGAAGGGGGCACUUGCAUCUCACUGCCUGGAAUCUAGAGUACAGAGUUUUUAUUCAUUGUAGAAAUGCCUUAAACUUAAAUUCUCUGAGGUAUGAAUUAUUUGUCCCACCUAUAUAAGAUUUAGUACUUCUUGCAUGACAUUUCUUGAAACUGACCAACUUAUUUAUGUCAUAAAUGACAGGCAACUUCAGAGUCUCCAUGUCCUACACCCACAACACCUCCCCCCCUUUCCUUCACCAUAGAAGUUUCUGCAGAUGCACUUGGGAAUAAUGGUUUCUGUUAGAGUGAUGUGACAUUGCAUCAAUGUCGAGCAGUGUCAUAAGAGUAAUGCUUUUAUAUUAUGCUGGGCAAGACGCACAAAUGCUAAUAUGGAGAAAACUCAAUUUGUUAAAAUGUUUAAGAUUUCAACCUAAAGCUAAGCACGUUCCCCUCUUCCCACUUUUGGCCUCGUUGGCAGCUGCCUAGUUCAUGAAGAAGGUUGGGCUGACAGUGGUUGCAUGUGAUCUGGGAACUACUGUUAGCUGCAUCCUAUGCGACCUUGACUCCAAAAUACCCCCAAUAAAGAUAAAAAGUUAGUCAUCAGCUGCACAAGAAAACCUUUAUUUGGUCAAGUGAAACAAAUGAAGAUUAUGUUGUGCAGCUGAUGACUGACUUUUUCUCUUUGUUGAAAUAUUCUGCAGUUAUGAACAAAAUUCAAAGUACCUUCUUUUUGAUAAAUUAUUUUUGUAUAUGAUGACAGUAAAUUCUUUUAAGAAGCGAAAUCUAUCCAAUUUCAGUAAUUUAUGAUUUAGAAACUGCAACCACCAAGGCUUUGUGUAUAUGUAUACCAGUAUAGAGAAUGACAUUAUUCUUCGUUGUCUGUCAAUAAUAUCAUGACAGUUGAUCAUUGAAUCAUACCCAGAGCACAGGCUGUUAACACAAUUUAAGAUAUCUUUAUAAGAUUUACAUACAGGUUACAUAAUUUUGAACAUCAAGGGCUAGGAGAUGUGAUAAAAACUGAGAAAACAGGAGCUUGGGCUCCUUUCUAGUGAGAGAAAAAAAAAUUCUUGCCAACUUACAUGACCCGUAGCUCUGCAGUUAGCAGAUAAACAUCCAGACCUUUGCUUCAGGCUGUGCAAUAGUAAUUACAUCUACUUUAUGUGUUUUUCUUUAGUAUUAUACAAGAGAAAACCACAAAGAGGACUCUUUGUAAAAUAAUAGCCGCUGUGAUAUAUAUAAAAUUCCUUUUCCAUUGUUAAGAUAAUAUAGAUUUUGUUGGUUAAAAUUAUGUAGCUAGUCAAUGGGAAUUGAGGCUAAUUUACUUGAAAUGUGUCUUGCACAUUUUGCUUACAUAAUGAUGAGGGCUGCAAAAAAAAAUAGUUAUGUAUCAUAUUUAACUUUUAAUUAGUGCAAUGUCAAUGAAUGCUUUGUAGUGAUUUGGUGUGUUGGGUACCUCCUAAUUUUAUUAUUUGUUUAAUAAUGUUCCUAUAAAUUCAGUGCUGAUGAUGAAUUAGCAAUGUGCAAGAGAGCAACAGUUAACCACUGAUAUGAUUUCAGCAUUCAAGACUGUUAUUUGCAUGAGAGUGAUUAACAAAACUGAAGGUAUUAAUGUUUUGCAUUGUAUUUCUAGAAGUUCUCUUUGUUUGUCAUGAGUCCUAAGUGCUACGAUUAGCAGCAGGUGACUAGCUGUAUGAUUUGACUGCACAUCUGUGUACUAAAUAAUCAGUGCAAGUGAAAUGUAAGUGAACAAAGACUUUUAAGUUUUAAUGUAAGAGAUAGUGUCAGUGAAAUAACUGUGUGUAACUUAUGUGCUAAAUGAAGUGAAAGAUAAGCAGAAAUAUUUGCAGAAUGUCUUUUAAUACUGUGGUUCCAACUUAAACAUAAAGCCAAUGUGACUUGUAAAGAUAGUUAACAUAUUUUAUUUAGUAUAAUGUAAUGACCACCUGCAACAUGUAGUUACAUGUUUUUAAAUGUAAGGAAUCAGAUUAUCAAAGUAAAGACUUUAGUAUUAAGGUCUAGAUUCCUCAGAUAAUUAGAAAUUGGAUUUUCAGUAAUGAAAUGGUCAUUUUUUAUAAAAGAUAGUAAGAAAUAACAGUUGCUGUAUUUUACAGGAAUGAUGCAAUAAAAUCAUGUUUUGAAAACUUA